UUUAUCCAUCCUUUAUAUUACGUGCGUGUUGUUUACCCGUCUUCGAACAGCCAGAUCCGUUCCAUCAACCUGUACACCGUUGGUUCAACUUACCGGCAAGUGGAACGUUACGAUUUUACACCUACUUUUUCACUGAAGAAGCUGCUCACACGGAGGACCGACGCUUCAAACCGAACCGCCAGACGACCGUUUUUUAUUCCACCCACCAAAACAUCAACGAACAUGGUUUGGGACGUCCUGUCCGUGUGCGGUUGGCCGAUUGCCGGCAGUAGGGAUGAAACACCACCGACAGCACCGCGUGUCACACUAAUCCAAGAGCAGUCCGGUGUCGACGGUAGCUUUCUGCUGGCGCUGCUGAUGACGAAUCAUCUUAAGCGCCGCACGGACAAUCACGUACUGCUGGUGGCCGCAAAUCAUAGUGCCGCACACUACACCGCCGCCUGCCAGAAGCUAACGUUCAACACGGCAGCCGCUGUACAGUCGGGCCAUUUGUGCAUCGUCGAUGUGCUAUCGGAACUGCACACCAGCGGCGGUCGUUCGAACGGUGCCGAACUGUUGCAGCUUAUCAGCGGCCGGCUAUCAUCGGAAGCUUCCAAAACCAACACGCUGGUCCUGGUGGACGAUCUUACCUUCUACAUCACGAUGCAUCUGGCGAACGGUGAAAAUGCAGUAAUCGAUUUUGUCGAGCAGCUGCUGCACAACACAGCCACGCACGAUCACCUCGUGCUGAAGGUGAAUGUUGCCGAAUGCUACGAACGGUUGUGCACGUUUCUGAUCGAUAUGGCGGACGUUACCGUCACGCUUGAACCGCUGCCGUCCGGCAGUUUCCGCGAGCUGGACGGUAUCUUAACGGUGCACCGCAAACACUCCACGUCCCGGCUAAUGUCCGCCGUCCAAACACAGUCCAAGGCGUUGCUGUACAAAGUGCAAGACCGUAUGGUACGUACCUAUGUCCACGGUGAGGUAGGAAUAAAAAAUCUAUGAA